GACUGGCCGUUUGAUGACGGAGCGCCGCCCCCCAGCCAGAUCGUGGAGGAUUGGCUGAACCUUUUGAAAAGCAAAUUUCGGGAGGAGCCCGGGUGCUGCGUGGCCGUGCACUGUGUGGCCGGGCUGGGAAGGGCUCCUGUUCUGGUGGCGCUGGCUCUCAUUGAAUGUGGAAUGAAAUAUGAGGAUGCAGUUCAGUUUAUAAGGCAGAAAAGGAGGGGAGCUUUCAAUUCCAAACAGCUGCUUUACCUGGAGAAAUACCGGCCCAAGAUGAGAUUACGCUUCAAAGAUGCCAACGGUCACUGCUGUGUUCAAUAAAUAAACACAAAAACCAAAAUAUUGAUCUCAAAAAGAAGGCAGAAGUGAACGGGGGGGCUCUUCUCUGGACUCUUGGCACCUGGAAAUGUGAAUCUGGAAUCAAAAAAAUAAGAAAAAAUAAGAAAAAAAUGGCAUUAAAUUAGUGGUGGAGUCAGUGCUCCUCAACCUCUGUCCUUAAAAAUAAAAGGGUGAUGAUGAUUGAGAGGAAAAAACCCCAAAAUUAGAAAAUUCUAUAAUAAUAAUAAUUAUAAUAAUAAAAAAGCCAAUUAAGAGAAACAUUUCAGUGAAGGAUUGUUUUCUCCUUAAGCUGCAACCUGCAAGGAGAAAAGCAGUUUUUCUGAACCUUCUGUAUUUUUAACUUUUUAAGAAAAGAAAUAAAGUCAACUUUAUGUCUAAGGAAAAGCAGCAGAGCAUUGCCUUGUGCAGAAAGGAUUUUUUCGAGGUGAGAAAAGCACCCCCAGCCAGGAAAUUGAAUUCCUGAGAUGUGAAUUCCUUUUUAAACUCUUUAAAAAAAAAAGGAAAUUUUUGGGUUUUUAAGCAGGGACAUGAGGAGGAGCUGGCUAGGAACAGCCUUGACAGCCUUAAACCCCUUUUUGGGCACAUCCCAGGGAUUUUGGGGGAUGUUUUCCAUGGAAUUCUGACUCCUGGGGGGCUUGAACAGGACCCUCACUGCCUAAACCCUGUGGUGAAUCUGUUUUUUGGGAAUGUGUGUGAUUCUCUGUGUGUGUCACUUGGAUUUUUUUCCCAAAAAAUUCGGUUGAAAUGUUAAUUUUAGACAGAAAAUCCAUCCUGCCACACAAGACUGAUGUUCCAAAGUGUCCUGGGUGAGCAAGGGGCGAUUCAGACAAAGGUUUAAAAUGAAUUUCUCUGUCAGAAAGAUGGAAAAGGCUUUUUUAUUUUAAUUUUUUUUUUUUUUUGCUGCUGUCCACAUUCCCAGCCUUGCUGGGCACAGGGAAUUGGGAUUUUGAGGGAAGGCCUCGCUUGGUGUGAGGGGGAAUUUUCUCAGCUGAGCCUCUGAUUGCCUUCUUACUUGUUUUAGGGGUUUUUGGGAGGGAGAAUCCAAAUUUCCACCCCAAAAUCCUGACAUCCUUCAUCAGCAAACCCUAAAAAUUUGGAUUUUGUGGGGCUCCCAGUGAAUAAAUUAAGGGAUUUAGGAGCAGGUCAGGCUGCUCCUACCAAACACAUUUUUUAUUUUGGCUGCUUCAGGUGUGUUCUUGCACCUUUUCCUGGAUAAUUUUCCAGCAUAUUCAUAUUUUUUCCAUAAUAUCUAUAUUUUUUUCCAUAAUAUCCACAUAUGGAAGGGUUUGGAUCCACCUUGCUGAGCACAGAAAAUUGGGAUUUUGAGGGAAGGCCUCGCUUGGUGUGAGGGGGAAUUUUCUCAGCUGAGCCUCCAAUUCUUUUUUAUUGAGGUUUUUUGGAUUUCCACCCCAAAAUCCUGACACAAUUCAUCAGCAAACCCUAAAAAUUUGGAUUUUUGGGGCUGUUGGGGUGUGAAUUAAAGGAUUUCAGGAGCCAUUUUGGCCAGGCUGCUCCUACCAAACACAUUUUUGAUUUUGGCUGCUUCAGGUGCGAUCUUGCGCCUUUUCCUGGAUAAUUUUCCUUCAUAUCCAUAUUUUUUCCAUAAUAUCUAUAUUUUUUUCCAUAAUAUCUAUAUUUUUUUCCAUAAUACCCAUAUUUGGAAGGGUUUGGAUCCAUCUUGCUGAGCACAGGAAAUUGGGAUUUUGAGGGAAGGCCUCACUUGGUGUGAGGGGGAAUUUUCUCAGCUGAGCCUCUGAUUGCCUUCUUAUUUGUUUUAGUGGUUUUUGGGAGGGAGAAUCCAAAUUUCCACCCCAAAAUCCUGACACCCUUCAUCAGCAAACCCUAAAAAUUUGGAUUUUGUGGGGCUGCCAGUGAAUAAAUUAAGAGAUUUUAGGAGCAGGCCAGGCUGCUCCUACCAGACACAUUUUUGAUUUUGGCUGCCACAGGGGUUACCUUGAACACCUUUUUCUGGGGUAAUUUUCCAUAAUAUCCAUAUUUUUUCCAUAAUAUCCAUAUUUUUUUCCAUAAUAUCUAUAUUUUUUUUCCAUAAUAUCCACAUUUGGAAGGGUUUGGAUCCGCCUUGCUGAGCACAGCAAAUUGGGAUUUUGAGGGAAGGCCUCACUUGGUGUGAGGGGGAAUUUUCUCAGCUGAGCCUCCAAUUCUUUUUUAUUGGGGUUUUUGGAAGGGAGAAUCCUAAUUUCCACCCCAAAAUCCUGACAUCCUUCAUCAGCAAACCCAAAAAUUUGGAUUUUGUGGGGCUGCCAGUGAAUAAAUGAAGAGAUUUUAGGAGCAGGCCAGGCUGCUCCUACCAAACACAUUUUUGACUUUGGCUGCCCCAGGAGUGAUGUUGUACAUUCUCCUGGAUAAAUUUCCAUUAUAUCCAUAUUUUUUUCCAUAAUAUCCAUAUUUUUUCUCCAUAAUAUCCAUAUUUUUUCCCACAAUACCCAGCCUUGGAAGGGUUUGGAUCCAGGUUUCGGGCCCUGUUCCCUCAGGAUAUUUUGAAAUUUUGAUUUUUUGGGCUGUACCUGCAGCAGGUUUCAUCCCCCUCCCUUCCUCAUCCUCCAAUCCCAGGAUUUCUCCUUUUCCCAAACUCCUGCAGGAGCCUUUCCAGAACACAGAAAAUGAAUUUUAGGAAUCCCAACCUUGGCAGAGAUUUUAUAAAUUGACCCAGCAAAUGUCAGUGUUUGUCAAAACCCCUCAGGGGAAGCUCCCCAAACCCUCCCUGCCUCCAGGUUGUGCUGAAUUCCCUCCUCCCUGUGGAAUAUUCUGAUUUUUUCAUGGAUCAAGGAGAGCUGGGAGUGUUUUUUGGGAUGGCUGCUGCCCUGGGGAGGGAGGGAAAUGGUGCUGAAAAAAAAAAAAUCACAAUUUUGCCCUUUUGCCUUCCCCUCCCACCCUCAGAGCGUGAGGAGUCAAUAAAAAUAAACCUUUCUGCAAAGAAAAAAAAUGGAAUUUUAGCCAAAGGUAUCCUGGUUUUUAAACCAAUUGGACAAAUUCUGGAAUUCAGAUGUGAGGGGAAGGUGCUGAGCUGAACGCAAACCCCAACUCCUCCUUGAAGAACAAGAAAAUAAUAAAAUAAACCAAAUUUUAAAUGCUCCAUGUACAACUUCACAUUCUUCCCACUGCUCCCCUAAUUCCCCCCUUGAUUUGUGAUGUCCUAAUUAUCAUAUCCAGCCUUAAUUAGAGGGGGAAAUGCAAAUUAUCCCGGUGUCCCCAGGAGCUGGGGGUGGCACAGCUCCUGGCUCAGCUCUGGAACCUGGUGCAAUAAAGUUCUUGCAGUAAAAUCUC